CCUUGCCUGUAAAAGCAAAGGUGCUGGUGGCAGGGUUUGAAACAAAGAGCAAAGAAAGAAGAGAGAGACUCGUUUCUCUCAGUGCUCAGCUAAAAAGGAUAGGAGUGCAGCCAGAAUGCUCUUUGCUUCUGAGCACAUGCGCUGCAGCAGGAGUCAUCCUGGCUGGUUGGCAGGGGACAGCCUACAACAGCAGUGCCUGCAAGGACUGGAUUUUCUUCAUGCAAACGAUGUGAUCCAUCGAGACGUGAAGAGUGACAACAUCCUUCUCAGAACGGACGGUUCUGUCAAACUGGCUGAUUUUGGCCUCGCUACUCAGCUCACCCCUGAGCAGAGCAGACGGUGCUCGGUAACCGGGACUCCUUGGUGGAUGGCGCCUGAAGUGGUGACAGGUCAACCAUAUGGCCCCAAAGUGGACAUAUGGUCUUUUGGAAUUGUGGGAAUUGAAAUGAUAGAACAAGAACCUCCUUACUUGGGCGAAAGUUCUGGCACGGCUACAUACCUGAUAGCCACAGUAGGGACUCCACAGCUGCGGCAGCCCAAGCUCCUCUCGGCUUUGCUGCGUGACUUCCUGAGCUGCUGCCUGCAGACAGACGAGGAGCAGCGUUGGUCUGCCAAGGAGCUCCUGCAGUUGAAGAGUCAUCUGUCCGGGCUUCAAGAGUUAUGCUGGAGUAGUGAACUGAUUUGGAUGGGAGCAGAAGAGUUUCAGCAGGCAAUUUUUGGAAGAGACGGAAGGCUCUUGUGACUGAAGGGAAAGCCAUUUGGAAUGGAGAAAUGAUCCCAAAGUCCAUCCAAUUGUAUCUUUGUGUCUGAAUUGAAAUCAGAAUGAUUAUAGAUAGCUUCAUGCAAUUUGUCUACAAAUUUAUCAAAGUCUUCAUUCUUUCUUUGACAAAUCUGUGUAAAAGACAUAGUGUGUAACUUAUCUGGAAGUGCAAGAAAUGCAUUACAUGCUAGUUGUUGGCUCAUCUGUAAGACUUGCUCAAUGCUCCUAGCCUGGGCAGUGGCAGUAGCCCCGGGCCCUUUGCCAAGUAACUGUUGUGCUGUUAAACCAUACAGAGGAUCACCCUGCACUCUAGCUCUUGCAGCUUCUUGAGCACACUUUUCCUCCCAGCUUUUAUGAAACAUCACCUGCUGAUAGGGUGGCAUUCUAAGUCUUAUUAGGGUAUGCACAUCAGCUGGAAUUAAUGCGUUAGAUGGAAAAAUAUACUGCAGAAGUGACUGUGCAAGUUGGCAUUUUCAACCAAAUUGUGAAAAUGCAGCUCUCAUCUUUUCUAAAAUCUUCCAAUCGAAAGGUUCUCAAACUCUACUUGCAGCAUUAGUUACUACAAGAAAAGCUUCUACAUCAUUGGAGAGAAAAGUCCCUUCUACAAUAGCUUCUGCAAUAACUUUUUUCUACUUUUGUUUCUCUUUGGUGGAGAUAAAGCUUGGCCUGCAAUUCCUCAGAAAGGAUUAGGAGGACCAUGCUACUUUGGGAAAUUGACACUGUUUGCCCCUAGCAUUCAACAGAUGCUUGACA